GGUAGGCGGUAGAAGGCAGAGGAGACGGAAGCAAGAUGUGAGGGUGCUGUGUGCGGGAGAGAGGGGCGAGGGCGGCCGGCUGAGGUCCACAGAACCCUCUGGUGUGCCUGGGCACGGGGCUCGGCGGCGGGGUUCCGGGUGCCGGCUCGAUGGCCUGGGGAGCUGCGGCUGCGAGCUCAUGUUUAUGGUCAGCCAGUGAAGGACUCUUGAAUACUGGGUUCUUCUUUGAAAGCAUUUUGAGAAUGGCUUCCUUUGGGUGGAAGAGGAAAAUUGGUGAGAAGGUAUCCAAGGCCACAUCCCUGCAGUUUGAAGCCGAAGCUGCUGAUGAAAAGGAUGCAGCUGAGAGUGAGGAUGGGAACUGGCUUCAUGCCAGCAAACGGAGGAAGGAAUCCCUCCAGGAAGGCUGUAAACAGAAGAGCAAACAGCUGAAGGAUGAAGGAGCUACUCUGGCUGAGAACAAAAAAUACCAGGAGGCGAUUCAGAAGUGGGAUGAAGCACUACAGCUAACCCCAGAUGAUGCCACCCUUUAUGAGAUGAAAUCACAGGUCCUGAUGUCUCUGCAUGAAAUGUUCCCAGCAGUACACGCAGCAGAAAUGGCUGUCAAGCGUAACCCACACUCAUGGGAGUCAUGGCAAACCUUAGGUCGUGCUCAGCUUGGAUUAGGAGAGAUAGUCCUGGCAAUUCGAAGUUUUCAAGUAGCCCUCCACAUAUAUCCAAUGAACCCUGAAAUAUGGAAGGAAGAUCUUUCUUGGGCAAGAAAGCUCCAGGAACAGCAGAAAGUAGCAAAGAGGAUUGAAAAAAAAGAAAUUCCAGCAGAAGGAACAGACAUCUCACCAGGGUCUAUCCCUGACUAUGACUUUGAAAGUGAUGAGAUCGUUGCUGUCUGUGCAGCUGUUGCAGAAAAACAGAAGUCAGUGUCGGCAAAUAAAACAAUGGUUAUUGUGUCAGCUUCUGGGACUGUAGAGAUAGUAAACGAGAAGGAAGAGGGCUCUUCCACCCCAGAUGGCUCUGUCUUUAUCAAAGCCCGAUGAGGCAGUAAUAAUGAAAAGAGGUUUAAAUCUUUUUUUUUUUUUUUUUUUUUUUGGUUGCUGCUAAUUGCUUAGAUGACAUGAGAAUACCCACUGUGGAGGAAGAGAAAAACUCUGGUUUGUAAAACGACUUUUUAGAUGAAGCAUAUAAAAAAUCAGGUAGCCGCAUUGUUCUUUAGUGAGUGGACUGAGCUUCUGCAAGUUUCAGAGCACACUUGAGGUUAGCGUAGUAAGUGAGAUGUGUUUUGAUUGAUAAACAUUUAAUUGGAUGAGUACAACUUAAAGACACAAUUUGUAAAGUGUGUUCUUGAAUAGUGAGUAGGUUGGCAGGCAGUGUUACUACAGUGCCAACUUGCAGACUUUGUUUUGUGAUAAAGAAAGGAUAUGAUUUCUUUCCCUCCUAUGAUUCUGCUGUUGUCAUUCUUCCUUUUUUUUUCUUCACUAGUAUAAAUUUUCAGAAAUCUCAAAUAUUUCUGACAUCCAUUUAGAUUCAAAAUUAUCACUUGCUUAUAUGUGAACAUUUGAAUAUUUGAAAUAUUUGAAAGUUUGCCUAAAAAUGCAUGCAAAUGUAUGUAUCCUGAACAUUUCUUUGAACUUUGUUCUAAUUUGUGCUUCUGUUUUGACUUUAAAGUUAAAAAGUGGUAACUGUCUUCUUCAGUAUUUGAUGACUAUAUGAAUACUAGUGUGUCAGAGUGAUGGUUUCAUUUUACUGUUAAGAUUGAGUCCUCUUUUCCACAUGUCAGUUAUUUGUAAAGAUGAACGGCAUUUACAAAUUGUCAGUAAAUUCUACCCCUACAUUAUCCUGGCCAAAAAAGAGUUUCCUUUUUUUCUUUCAGGGGGGAGGCUAAACUGGAUUAGCAUGCUACUCUGCUUCUGAGAUAGAGUCUCAUACUUUUUUAAAAUUAUUUUUAAAAGUAUGAAGAAUCCUGAAACAUUUCUUUCCCCUCUUUUUGACCAAGGUCUUACUUUUAGCCCAGGCUGGCCUCAAAGCUAACUUCCUGCCUCUCAUCUGGACAGGUAUGAUCUACCACAGCUGACUUGUUUAUAACUUUGCAGCAAGCAAUUUAUAAACAUAUUUCUAAAUAGCUAUUUUUGGACCUAUUCAGUGAAAUGAAAAAUAGUUUCAAUUUUAAAUAGGUAUGAAAUCUCUCUUUAAAAGCAAAAAGGCAGAGAUAUUACUAGAGUAUCAUUUUGUGACUGACAAGGGACUGGAAUGUGAUUAAUAAUAUAAUCGCAAGAGUAUGAGCAGUAUAUGGUGAGGAAGCAUUUUAGUGUCAGGUGUGGUAGCAAAUGCCUAUAAUCUUAGCACUGGGAAGGCUAAGGCAGGGAAGUUGUAAGUUUAAAGCCAGCCUGGGCGUCACAGCAAGCCCUUGCCUUAGAAUAAAGCAAAGACAAUGGGGAAAAUAAAACAAAACAACACAAGAAAGAGGUGAUUAAAAAUCCUCAGCCACACUCACAAAGCAAUAUUUUUAUUGCUUUGAAUUACUGUUUUUAUUAUAUAUAUUGUUGUACAAACAUAUGCAACUGUCAGUGCUGUUAAUUCUGAUACUCAGGAAGCUAUUAUUGGUGUAAUUUUUUCUUUUAGAAAUGAAAGUUCUCUAUGUUGUAUUAUGUAAUCUUUGCAAAAACUGUUGGACCAUAUAAGUAUGGUCUGCAUUUUUGUGAGGAUGAUAUUUUUUAAGAAGUAUUUUAGGGGAAUGUUCUUUUUCUUUUUUUUUUUUCCAGAGUUGGAGAAGUCAGCAGUUGCCUUAAAAAGUAUUAUAUUUUCCCCCUAAAUUAUAUCUAAAAAAAACUAGCCCCUGGAUAGAAGAGGCCAGUUUUAGAAUGAUUAGAAAAUUAUUUUGUUAAAUAACAAGGGAUAUUCUCAGACGGUAGUUAGAUGCCUAAAGAAUUGAAAUGUCACAUUUGAUAUGUUAUAUAUGGAUGUCUGCUUAUUGUGUACUUGUGAAUAAAUAGUUUUCCUCCUGCA